AUGUUUUUUCAGAUUGAAAAUACUCCCGAACGUAUAAGAAAAGCUCGAAAACCUAAAGUUGAACCUCAAGCGUCGCCCAAGGAAGAAUGCCCGCGACUCACUUUGGCUCCGUUUACCAGACCACCUACACUUCUUUUCGAAAAUGUGGUGGUCGGGACGUCAUGCGAAAGAUAUUUAGAAUUGUUUAAUCCUUCAAAAGAACACCAAGUGAUAACAUUAAAUAAAUCUCUGCCUGGUUUACAUGUUGAUUUGCCAGAGGGACGUGUAUUAUUAGACUCAGAAUCAUGCUACUGUCUUACUCUUGUCUGGACACCAUUAGAAGUAAUUUCGUGUAGAGAAACCUUAAGGUUUACUAAUGAAAAGAGGGGACGAUUUGAUAUAGUUGUAGUCCUUAAAUCUAUUUUGCCUAUCAAAACUAAAUCUAAACCAUCGCCUGGCAAGAUAAAAAAGAAAAUUUUAAAGAGGUCUCCUGGUAACAUAAACAAGAAAAAAAUGCAACUUAUAAAAAAAGAAACAAGUGAAAUUAUUAAAACUGUCAACAUUACUCAAACUAAAUAUAAAGUGCUGGUCACAAAAAAUGAUGCAGAGUUCAGUGACUCAUGUCCUAUGCAAAAUCCAUUUGAAACUGACUAUACAGAGUCUUUUAACACUUCGGAAAUUUUUCCAAACAAAUAUAAACAGCCAGCAGAGUUGUAUACUACAUAUGAUAAACCAAGCAAGAAUGAAGUAACCAAUAGUUUGAAAGCUUCUAAUAAACAGAACCUGGACAAUUCCAUCUCUGAUUUGUUUGAUAAUAUAACAUUUACACCUUUAAAGAGUCUUCCAUCCAAAGUAGAGAAGUUGCAUCAAGGUCCAAAAAUAGUGUGUAGUAUCAAUUCUGUCAGUGACUAUGAUGACAGCUUGGAUCCUUCAGAAUCCAAUAAAGAGAAUGAAGCUCACUCCAUUGUAUGUAUAGCAACAUCAAACGCAGGCGAAAAUAGAUGGUCGUAUACCCAACCUAAGUUUAUUCCAGAAUUUGCCACACCUAAAUUUAUUGAAAAGAAAGUUCCUAAAACUUCAUCACCUAAAGAUGUGAACAGCCCCAAUUUCUCUAUUAAUACUGACUACUCGCGCAUCAGUGAUACGUCGUUCUUUCCUCAACGAUUUUCGACUGAAAGGAAAUCUUGCUUAAAAUUUCAUAGCGAAAGUCAUGAUUUGGAUGAACAGAAAUUGAAUACAGAUACAUUUACAAAGGAAUCGCCGCUUGAGCAAAAUAUUAGCCAAAUUGACACACGCCAUUUCACAGCCAUAGAACCACGGAUGUGUAGACAAGCCCUGUUUCGAGAUCAGGAGAACAGAUUGUUCAAUGAAAGAAAUAUAUGGCAGAGUGAUUUCAGGUCGGAGAUGAGAUCUCCUCCCAGAUCUAUUUCGCCACCAUUACAGUCAAUUCCCGAGGAAAGUAUGCAAUUGUCUGAAACAUUUGAAAGAAACGAUCCUCACAUGGAAUCAUUUGCCAUCAAUCGAACAUAUAACAAGCCAGAAAAGUCAAUGAAUAAGUCAUCAGUAUGGUCAAAGAAAGCUAUAGUUAAGUCAAAACCCAGUCUCCUAUCCAGGGAAUCGAUUUCUAAAAUUAAUCAUACUUUUAUUUCAAAUAAGAGCACUGUUCAGAAUUUAUCACUUAGCUACCUCCCAAAUGCGUACUCACAGUCCCUUGUGACAAAUCCCUUUUCUUCUUUAACUCCUUUCUGCGAUGAGGCUUUGAUUAGAAAGUUCGAGAAAGACUUUAAAGAUUGGCUUAACUAUAUUCUAACACCACCAGAUUUAGAAACUAACAUUGAACAGAAAAUUGAUAUUGCCAAGGUGUGGGUUGAAAACAAAACUGAUGUUCCCACAGCUCCGACUAAAGAAAAAGUGUGCAGUUCCUAUCACAACAGUCAUCGCUUAGACGGUCUAAGAAAGUCUGCGAGAACAUUACUUCAUUCGCCAGAGAUAACGGCAGUUGUAAAAAAGUUGGAUCUUCAAAUCGAUCGUGAACUGAUUAACAUAAGGGAAGAUAGAAGCAUACACCUCAACGUUGGCCUGCAGAAGACCAUCAUGGAAAUCAUCUUGUCCUAUAACCCACUUUGGCUGCGUAUAGGCUUAGAAGUUAUAUAUAACUGCAUAUUGCCAUUGAAAUCCAACAGUGAUAUUGUGGGAUUAACAACAUUCGUAGUUCUAAGGAUGUUUAGGAAUCCACUCAUUAAAAACAAAAAAUCUAAAUCGGCGCCAAACAUGCAAAAUCCUGCGUAUGUGGACGCUGUUAAAAAGUCCCUCUUGAAGAAGUUUUUCCUCCUCGUGUACUUCUUGGAUAAGGCUAAGGAAAAGAAAUUGAUAUCGCACGAUCCUUGCUUGUUCCGACGCAAUGCGUUGUGCAAAGAAAGUAGAGAAAUAUUGAUAAGAUUCACAAGGGAAUUGAUAGCAGCAAUCGGCGAUAUAAAUAAGCACUUACGUCCAACGGGUUACGUUGUAACUCAUAAGCAGACAUACCUAGAUGAAUACAAAUAUGGCGUCAAUAACAUUGCCGUAGAUCUGAGAGAUGGCGUUAGGCUAACUAAAGUCUCGGAAAUUAUUUUAUUAAAAGAUAAUUUAAUGAAACAAUUACGGACCCCAGCUAUAUCUCGGUUCCAGAAAAUACAUAACGUUGAAGUGGCUUUGAAAGCUUUGAGAGCGGAGAACUUCAGCAUUGAAGGUGAAAUUACAGCUACCGAUGUAGCCGAUGGGCACCGGGAGAAGACCCUAUCACUUUUGUGGCAAUUGAUUCAUGUCUUCCGCGCUCCACUGUUUGAAAAAGCUGCCAAUGUUAUACAGUUAUGGUGGCGGAAGAAAUACGAAGUUAUUAAGGAAAAAAGAAAAAUCGAGGAAGAAGAGAUGAACAAGAACUACAAUGCAGCAAGUAUUAUUCAGUUUUGGUGGCGCCAAAUACAGAAUAAGCGUAGAUAUGAACAAAGACUGUACGAAGUUACUCGCGCCACGAUAAUUUUGCAGAAAUACUGUCGAAUGUGGCUUUGCCGAACAUAUUUGGUGCAUAUAAAACGCAGCGUAUUAAAAAUCGAGACCUGGUAUCAAAGCAUGAAACUUAUUCGAGAAGCAAAAGCGGUAUUGUGUCAGAGAAGAGAGGAGCGUAGACAGAAAUCGGCGAUUCUUAUCCAGUCGCAAAUCAGACGUUGGAUUUGCAUGAAGAAAUAUGAAAAUAUAAUUAAUUGUACGGUCAAAAUACAGACACUGAUACGAAGAUAUUUAGCAAGAAAACAAUAUCUGGAGCUGAGAGCUCAAACAGUUUUUAUACAAAAACGGUAUAGAAACAUCUUACUAACCCGAAAAUUAUAUCGUGAAUACACAACACUUGAAAAGGCAACGGUAACUUUGCAAAGGCGUUACCGCGCUCAACUUUUAAUGAAACAGUAUAGAACAGAAUACAAUGAUCUGAGGAAAGCCGUUAUUAUAAUUCAGCAACGCUAUAAAGCGCAAAAACGCAUGCAAGCUGAAAAAUCUCGAUUUGAUAUAUUAAAACGUUCCUGUGUUAUCAUUCAAAGACGUUUCCGAGCUAAUUGCUUAGGCAAAGAAGCACGGAAAGCAUAUAUAAAACAGCGCAAUGCUGCUAUAAAAAUCCAAGCAAAAUACAAGGCCUGGAGAACUAGGUGGGAAUUUAUACGUUUGAAGCAAGCAGUUCUUACUGUUCAGUGCAGAUACAGAGCUCAAAAGAAGAUGCAUCUAGAUAGAUCUAAUUAUAUUUUACAGAGAAAUGCUUGUAUUUCAAUUCAAAAUUUCUAUAGAUCAUAUAAACUAGGAAUAGAAACGCGGGCCACAUAUCUUAAACAAAGAAUUGCAGCUAUAAGAAUCCAAGACUGGUAUAGAAGUUGCAAGUUGAGCAAAAAAUCUAGAGAGGAAUACUUACUUUUAUAUCAAGCUGUAAUUACAUUACAACGACGUUAUAAAGCUCACAAAGCGAUGUGUAUUGAGAAAUCUAAAUUCGAUCAUAUGAAACGCUCCUCUUUGGUGAUACAAAGAUACUUCCGAGCCUAUCGGUUAGGUAAAGAAACCCGUAAGAAAUAUUUAAUACAUAGAAAUGCUGCAUUGAACAUUCAAAACUGGUAUAGAAGUUGUAGAAAAACUCAGCAAAUAAGAAACGAGUACAUACGUCUCAUUCAAGCGGCUAAAACGCUACAGAGACAGUACAGAGCUCAGAAGAAAAUGCAAAUUGAAAGACUAAAAUACAACAGAUUUAAAAAUGCAGCUAUUACCCUUCAGAGACAUUACCAAGCCUACAGAUUAGGUAAACAAGCCCAAACAGCGUAUUUGCAACAGAAAAACGCUGCUAAAAUAAUUCAAAAUUGGUACAGGAACUGCAAAACUUGUAAUAAAAUAAAAGUGGAGUAUCAAGAGAAGAAAAAAGCCUGUGUUGCGAUUCAAACAACAUACCGGAGUUAUAUUGUUACGAAGAAGCAAAGAGAGCAAUAUAUUCAAAUCCGUGAAGCUACAAUUUACAUUCAAAGGUUCUAUCGCUCUUAUAAAGAAACCAAAUUAACCAGGCAGUACUAUUUGCGAUUAAUAUCAUCGGUUGUAUGUGUCCAGAGAAUGUAUAGGAGCUUAUUGGCUAUGAGAAAAGCCAGAAGUCAAUAUCUAAUACAAAAGAAAUCGGCCCUCAUAAUACAGGAAAGAUUCAGAAAUAUUCUUGGUAUGCGAAAGCAAAGAGCACAUUUCCUGAAGCUCAAAACAAAUGCUAUCAUAUUACAAGCUUGCGUACGUGGGUUUAUUGAGAGAAGGAAGUAUCAAAAAUUCAAAACUGCCGUCAUAACAAUACAAUGUAUAUAUCGUCUAAGAAUUACUAGGAAAUUAAUUCAACAAAAUAAAGAAGAAAAAGCGGCGAUUUGUGUACAGAAAAAUUGGCGAAGAUAUGUUGCGAUAAGCAAAUAUCAAAAAAAUGUACAAAGGGUAGUUUUGAUUCAAAGAUUAUGGAGAGGAAUGAUUAUAAUGAGACCGAUUCGUAGGGACUUUUUAUUCAAGCGAGAGUUGAUUACUAAAAUACAGGCACAAAUGAGAGGGCACUUGGUGAGAAAACACUUUGAGAACAAGAAAGAGUAUUUAAAGAAAGAAAGGGAAGAACAGAGACAGCAUUGGGCCGCAUCUAAAAUCCAAGCUUUAUACAAAGGGCACAAAGUCCGCAGUACCAGCGAUAAGUGUUUGGCGGAAAUUCGUCAAAGAUGGCGCGAAGGAAAACUACAUUCUACCCAAAGCACCCUCGCGGAGAGAAUCGAAGAGGCCUUCAAUAUAUUUAGGACAGAUCUUUUCAACAUAACAGCUGUGUUAGAAGCAUUUAAGACUUUAGAGCUUACGAUAGUGUUGUGGCCCGAAUCGUUCGCCAUGAAAGCCUCCUUGCUCAUACAAAGUGUGUUCUACUUCAUGGCUUGUACCAAUCGGUCCAUUUCCAGCGUCGAAAUGCUAAUGUCAGGAGCUACCUUCCUUGUCAAUCUGGCGAGGUACCACGUCACAGGACCGAAGUCCUAUCAGCGAGAUAGAAUUUCAGCGGUGUUGAAGUAUAUGCUGCGAUUCAGCAAUAUCGAGCCUAAUUUGAUUUGCCGUUUUGCGACUUACAUUUGGCUCUAUUCGAAAUACGAGUUUACAAAGAAGGAUUUAACAAAGUUCCUCCAAAUACCAGAAAACCAUAAAACACUGAUCGCAAUCAAAAACAGCACCAGCCGAAUGAAGAAAAUGGCGGCAAAUUCAACAAAAUCAAAACUGGUGACACAAACGCCAAACAGAUCUUUUACUUCUUACGAAAAACCGAAUUUUAAUAUGAGCCUAAGAAAUGUUUCUCGUAAAAAUACUACACUUUUACCAAACCUUAAUCCUGACUAUGGAAUCGAAAGGUAUGACAAACCGAGAUUUUUCUUGGACCCGGAACAAGCAAUUGAAUGCAUAUUUAUGACAUAUAACUUAUAA